AUGUCGACAGCAAUUGCAUCCGCGACGGCGGCUCAGCUAUCCUCGCCGCAUACCACCCGCGAUCCCAGCCCCAAGAAUUGCCCGACCUUGGCACCUCCGCCUGCGGUUAAUUCCUCUCCAUCCCGGAUGGCAAGUUCACAAGAUGGCCCCAGGGGCACUCCAGAGAACAAAGGCCCAUCGUCUCCAUCGCAAGGUAGCGCGGGUCCCAAAAUCACCGUCAAAAAGGAGCCUCCAUCCUCUCCCCGUAUGCAAAGCCGUCCCCGUCCCCGCAAGCUGGAUCUAUCGACAAGUCUUCCCUCCUCUAGCGGCUUGACCGUCCGACCACCAGGAGGUCCGAUGACCGCUCGCGAUGGUGUUACCAUGCAGGAUGUCGGCCUCGCCUGUCUGUCGCCCGGCUUCCAGACAUAUGAUCCGGUAAUGAGGGAGCAACUACAGCGCAGCCUGUCCGUGCGCGAACAGCAGCGAUCAAUAAUCGAGGCGCGAAUGCAGAAACCUGGCAAGGAUGACGCGCCUUCGUCACAAACGGGUUUCAUGGGCAUGCCACCCCGGAGUGGCUCCAAGCGACGAGCACCGCCUGGCCUCUCCAUCGUCCCGCCAUCCGCAUCCCAGUUUGCCAACGAGCGGGUCAUCCAAUCCGCCCCGUUGCACCAAACUUUCACCGGCCGUUAUCAACCCCAGCCUUUGACCCGUCACGUCGUCAACCAGAGUCCAACACUAGGCGCUUCAUCGCAUAUGCAUCAGAUUCCGGCCCCCCAGACCAACAACCGUCUUCCUCCCCUCUCCGAUGUGUUCGGAUCCGAUGCGCUCGGCCGUGAUCGCGAACCCAGCCGCCAGGGUCUAUACGUGAAUGCGUCGAGCAGCAACUCCUCGCAAUCAAACUUGGCUCCCAUGCCUUCUCCGGGUCUACCUGCCAUGUCUACGACCCCCAGUCGACCACGGGAAUACCGAUCCGCCGAGGAAGCCGUACAGGAGCUAUCAGGCGGACGGGAAGAGCUGCUUCCCCGGAUUGUGCAUUAUGGAGGACACCAACCGCCCACACCGCCAUCCCCGCAGACCAUGCAUACCAUUCCCAAAACUGCGCCGAUGGCCUGGGAAGAAUCAGCACCCACUUCUCUCGCUCCAAUGCAAAUGGCGGAUACGACUGCGCGCCGUCGCCCUCGCUCCGAAUACGAGCAUGAUAAUGGAAGCCCCCCGCUGGGACAUGGUCCUGAUUCUCAGUAUCGACCUAACCCGGCUACCAACCCAGCCCCCAGUGCCACUUUCCCUCCCACUACCUUCCCCGGUCCCUUUGGCGCCGGCCGGGACUCGCCCGAGACAACACAGAAGAAGAAGGAUGAGUUCUUGGGUCUUUGUGCUCGGGCAUGGGAUCUGUUCCAUUCGUGA